AUAAGGGAUUAGUCCGAACAAUUGAGUAUCAAAAAAGAGGAUUACCUCAUCUUCACCUUCUUCUCUUUCUCGGACAUCAACAUGGUAAUUUCACCAAUGCUGAGCACAUAGAUGAGCUAAUUUCAGCUGAGAUUCCUGAUAACUCUACCCAUCCUGAUUUAUUCAACGUUAUAACUCGAAACAUGAUGCAUGGACCGUGUGGAUUAAUCAAUCCUCUGGCUCCCUGUAUGACUGAGAAUUCUUCUGGUCAGAGAGUAUGUUCUAAGAAGUUCCCAAAGCCCUUCCAACCUCUUACCAUUGCAAAUAACAAUGGAUAUCCAUUAUACAGACGGCACAUAAAUGGGAAUAGAUUUAUCAUCAAUCAUCCAUUAGAUAGGACUCAGCAAUUCCUUUUCGAUAAUACCUGGGUGGUUCCCUACAACCCUUAUCUCUCUGGAAAAUAUAAGGCACAUAUCAAUGUUGAGGUCUGUGGAAGUGUAAGAGCAGUAAAGUACAUAAAUAAGUACAUUUAUAAGGGAUCUGAUCAAACUACCGUUGAGAUUGGCACAGAGAACGAUGAAAUUAAGAAGUACGUUAAUGGUAGAUACAUAAGUCCUGUUGAGGCAGUAUGGAGAACAAUGGAAUUCCCUAUGCAUGAGGAAUCUCCCUCUGUUUAUCAGCUUCCUAUUCAUUUACCUGGACAACACCCCGUAGUGU